CGCAAACACCGCCUUAGAAAGCAUACAAUUAGUCGGAGCUAUCCUGGGCGAAGAAGUGGAGGAGAGGAAGCUAGGAGACGUUUCGCCUUCUCUGUCCUCCCUCUCUCUCAUGGCGGUCAUCAAUACCGUAGCCUUUCAGAGGUUCUUUUCCCUCCCCAACUCCACCUCCACCCUCAUCACGUCAAAGUCUUCUGUUGCUCUUCCGUCGUCUUUCUCCUUCUGCAUCAGAAUCGCCACCAACGCAACUGCUGGAGCUCGCAAGUCCCGGCCGCCGCCAACUGCUGUGUCGAUCAAUGACGAAAUCGACGUCAUCCCCAUCCCUAGCGGAGUCGUGACGGAUGAGCUGGGUGGGAUUGCCCCUCUAAUAAACAGGGAAAGUGAGGAGAUACAAAGCAGGCUUGAUCAGCCCGGGCCAAGUGCUAGCCAGAUUAUGGGAUUGGCUUUCGAAAGCCAGGCUGGCGGAGUUGGGGAAGGAGGAGUGGGUUUCUCGACGUCUUCCUUGCCUUCUGGUUCUCCCAUAGAAGGGGAAAUCCAGAAUAAAGUUGUCGAUCGGGUCAUCAACGCUUCCAUCGUGCUUGCAGCUGGUUCAUUCGCCAUCACGAAGAUGCUCACGGUCGAUAGUGAUUACUGGCAUGGUUGGACCAUAUAUGAGAUUCUCAGAUAUGCACCCUUGCAUAACUGGGCCGCAUAUGAGGACGCCUUAAAAACAAACCCAGUGUUGGCUAAAAUGAUGAUUAGUGGAGCAGUUUACUCUAUAGGCGACUGGAUUGCUCAGUGUUAUGCAGGGAAACCACUUUUUGACUUUGAUCGGGCUCGCAUGUUACGGUCAGGACUCACGGGAUUUGCUCUUCAUGGUUCUCUUUCUCAUUACUACUAUGAAAUCUGUGAGUAUCUUUUUCCCUUCCACGAUUGGUGGGUGGUCCCGGUUAAAGUUGCAUUUGACCAAACUGUUUGGUCUGCAAUUUGGAACAGCAUUUAUUACGUGGUCAUUGGUUUCCUGCGGUUUGAGUCUCCUUCAAACAUUUUCAGUGAACUGAAGGCUACCUUCUGGCCUAUGUUAACUGCUGGGUGGAAGCUUUGGCCUUUUGCUCAUUUGAUUACUUACGGGUUAAUUCCAGUUGAGCAGAGACUUCUUUGGGUGGACUGUGUUGAGCUGCUUUGGGUUAUGAUACUAUCAACUUACUCAAAUGAGAAGUCUGAAGCAAGACAUUCGGAGACUUUGUCGGAGCUGAGUUCAGAAUCUCAAUCUGUAGCUUCAGAGGAGAUUCGAAAAUAAUUGGUGUUAAUAGUUUAGCAAUUUGUUUGGCUUGGAUAGCUGCAAGGGGAAGCAGGAAGAGGUCUGUAUUUUUGUUGGAAAAUCGGUAUUUAUUUGAUGUAUCAAUAAAAUUUAGCUUUUUUCUGUGUACCUUUGAUGUAAAAAGAUACAGGAUGAAAAUGCAGAUAAUUGAGGUCUGUGAAUGAAAGUAAUUAGAACUG